UUUAUUGCACUGCAAAUGUUGAAUACUGUGGUUUUCCUUAAAUUAGAGAACUAUUAGAGAAUUAGAGAACUAUUCCUUAAAUUAGAGAACUAUUAGUUGAUUUUCGCGGCACCAUUUGCUAAAUUUUUGGCCCAUGUGUCAGGGCCAUUUACAGGUUAUGUAGUGCGAAUUAUCGAAUUGUUUUUAAAUAAUUUGGCCAUUCCACCUUAUAAUUAUUUGUAUGCACAUUAACUUCCGUUAGUUCGUACACUAACGAUAAAUACAAAUGUACCUUACCUAGUGUGACAAACAAAAUGUCAUUCUGCUCAAUACAAGGCGCUGAAAAGUAUCGCGAUCAUUUUACGCCAGGGAUCUACGCGUGUUCGAAAUGCGGGUAUGAACUAUUUUCCAGCCACAGCAAAUAUGCCCACUCGUCGGUGUGGCCGGCAUUUACGGAAACGAUUCACGAUGACAGCGUAACAAAGGAAAUUGAGACAGUUCCACAAAGUAAACCAAACGCACUACGUGUUUCCUGUGGGAAAUGCCAACAGUUUCUGGGACAUGAGUUUCUUAAAGAUGGACCGGAUGGACAGCUGUCACGAUUCUGAAUAUACUCAGACACAUUAGCGUUUCAGUCAAACGCGAUACAGAGACAAGAAAAAUCGGCAGUCGAACUAGUUGUUCCAACACUGGAAGCUUCGGAAACGCAUACUAAUCAAACGCAGUAGGCGGUGCGUGGUAGUUAACGUUUCGACUGGGAUUACCCAAAGUCCUUGAAAUGAAAUUCUGUUCCCAAACCAUUAACAGUGGCGGAAUAGGAUGGAUGUGGACGGUGUAUUUCGUGAAGUAAUUAAGCAGCUUCGAAGAAUAAUCGUGUAAAAAACUUGGAAGUCUGAUUUAUUGUUCAAUUAUUGGCGAAUUUCAUGCGGUGCGCACCCUGCAUAAGGAUAAGGCUUAUUUCUUAUAUAUUGGUUUAUAGUCUAUGGGCUUGUUCAAUCGGGUCUUAAAUAAGUCGGCUAAUUCGUGUCCUACGCCGGACCUACGGUACUGCACGUUUCUAGAACCCCACAAUUAAUGCGGCGAAUUUAUUACAUAAAACUGGAAAAAUUCUA